UACCUGCCUCUGGCGUGCCGUUUGUUGUGGACUACACACGAGAAACAGGGUGAAAGAAAGCGAGGGAGGGAGAGCGCCGGAGUUGAGGGACAUUGACUGACGAGAGAACAAGCGGGUGGCGAAUGACAAUGGACGGCGAUGUGGCUGCUCAAAAGGGACAACUUGACGUGUUGAAGUCUGGGCAGGCGAAGGAGUUCAGCACGCAGGCUAUGGACCUGGCUGCGGCCAAUGGGCACCAAGAGGUUGUCCAGUGGCUUCAUGACCACCGCAAGGAGGGGUGCACGACGGAGGCAAUGGACGAAGCUGCAAAGAAUGGCCAUUUGGAGGUGUUGGUGUGGCUGCACGAAAAUCGCCAGGAGGGGUGCACUGGAGGGGCGAUGGACAUGGCGAGCAGGCACGGACACCUCGAGGUGUUAAAGUUCUUGCACGAAAACCGCAGCGAGGGAUGCAGCACUCUGGCGGUCGAUUUCGCCGCGCACAACGGUCACACGGAGGUAGUGAAGUGGCUGUUCGAGAACAGGCAGGAGGGUUGCACACCGGCGGCAGCCGAGGGUGCGGCCCGGCAGGGGCACGACGAGAUCGUAAAGUACCUCAAGGGGCACAAGCGGGGCCGCAGUGUUGACUACAAGGACCUGGGAGGGGUUCUCGGCCAACCAGAGAACCCCUAACGAUAAAGUGCAAAGGAGGGGGACAGAGUGGUUCCAUUUACUCAUUUUCUUCAAGUUUUGAAGUUGUGGAUGCAACAAAAGGGGUAGUGAUAUUGGUUAUUUCGAAUCGUACAGUGUGGUGGUCACGUGAAGAGUAAGAUCAAGCGUUGGUUCGGGAGACCUCAAAGACGCGGGAGGAACAUCAUGUGGAGACCACAGUACCAGGCGUUGAGAUACAAAAUCUGAGACUAUUCUUGUUUGCAUAACCGUGAGUUUGAUGUCACGCAACAAUUUUCACCUUCACCGGUAGUGGGAGACGUCGGGCUUAGAGCCUUGCGACAUGAGUGUCAUGACUGCGCAGCCUCUGGGGUACCUCCCCCCCCCCUCUUUCUCCGUCCAAAACCAGGGUAAGACCAACUGUCGAUGGAUGGGUGUAUGGCCGGAUUCAUGUCUCAAGUAGUCUGAGUCAUGGGGUGUAAUUGGGGUGCGGCGACGUCGGUGGCGCCCGACCCACGGUAGGCACCCAUGUAGCAAGUCUCAUCGCAGAGCAAGAGCAAACGCGGGGGGCAUGGGCUAAUUGUCUGCCUGAAUAUUGGUCUUCUCGCCAACCUCGCGAGUCUAAGAGCGUUAUGAUCGGUGGUGCACUGCUGUGAUUUCUCAUCUAUGCGCAUGACUUCAAUGCUGCCGGAGUCGUGCGUGCCAUUGAGGACGGCAUUAGCACCAUGCAGCCAUACCCUAGAUUUGAUGUCCAGGGAGUGUCACGUGCGCCGAGAUAUGAGGUGUGCGACGUACUGGGUGACGUCUCGGCAGCACGUUGAACGCCUGCCAGCUUUUUUGGGACCAAUUCAUGCAUUUGUAGUAGGGAAGCAAGAGCAGUACAUUGGUCCAGGUUUGGGUCUCGUGGGUAGAAUCGCGUAGUAAAGUAAACUCACUGACUAGAAACCGGUCGGUGUGUCUACAAAAAGAGAAAAAAAAGAAGGAAAACAAGAAAAAAGAAAAAAGUUGAAGUUUAAACCAUGGAUGAUAAGUCAAAACUUAUCUAGAUAGGGAUAAGUUCUUGUCGCGGUGUUGUCUUAUCGGUACCGUUUGAUAGGGUUUGAUAGGGUAAGGGUCAGUAUGUUGGUCCACGUUGAUGAGCAGCGGCAGGAAUUUCCCACACCUGUGUACGGCCUUCGAAGGACGGCGAUAGUUUCUGCCAAAACCUAUCGUCGCGCGUAAUAGUUAUCGAUAAGUUCUACAGACAGCCUAUUGGUUAGGCAAACCUAUGGUAUACGUGAUCAUUUGCCUAUCGUUGUGUAUGAUUGUUAUCGAUAUGUGUUUGUAACGACCCUUCUUGUAAGAAGACAUAUAUCGAUUGCC